AGGCACCACCGAGGGAAACAUGCUGCAAUGACGAUGGGGCGAGCGCCGCCUUGGCUCGGCGGCGAGCUACAAAACUGCGGCGGCGGAUCAAUUUGCCUUGGCGCGCGGCCCUCCGGAGCCCUCCGUUGUUUGGGGAUUCUUGUGCGACGAGCUGGAUUCCUCGUGAUAUCCAAUCUAUCUUUUCACCAACCUAUUACCGGCGUCUCCGGAGGUUUGAUUCCCAUCUCCAUUACCGAACGAGUGGAAAGGACGGGCCAACUGCUUGGUGGGCAGAAGGUCGUGGUGGAUCAAAGCGAUUCGGGUAGUGCUGCAGGAAGUGGAUCCUCGACUACGCCGUCGACUGUCGUGCCGAAGGAUGUUCAUGUUGCGCAAGAGGGGACUGGUAACCUCGGCAGCACGGCGGCCGCUGCGCCAGAGAGUGCGCGCGAGGAUCUGGUGAGAGCACUAGCGCCAGCUGAUGGACGUCAGCGCGAUGGAGGCGAGCUUGGAGAGGAUCACGAUCCCGGACGACAUGAUGAGAAUCCCGCUACUCGGAGUUAUCCUCAAGAUGCAGGUGGAAAGAAGACGGCAACGGAUUUUCUAGCAGAUCCACUAGAGAACAUAUGCAGUGUACCUGCGCAGAUACAGUAGAUAAAGUGGAGGAGGUUUUAUUCGCCUAUCAUCUAAACAAUCGGUGGUCGAAAGCGACCCGAGCGCAUGAUCGAUGAAGUGGAUAAACGUGUAUUCUUAAUGUUUUUUUUUGUGGGCUUGAUAAGUGCUUCGAUGACACUUGCCUUACUGCAGGCAGGCUGCUGGAAGCGAUUCUUAUGGGCCAAAGAGCUCCAUUCUGCGAAUGAUUGAUAAGCGCGCGAAGAGGCCCUCGGUGUGGCACGAUCUGCAUAUCGUCCCGCUUGUGGUCAGUAUGUGUUUUGUUGAGGCUCUGCACGAUAAGAAAACGUCCCCGCUUCAUCUGAAGCGAAAUUUUUCUGCACGAAUAACAGACCCAAGCGAAACUACUGUAGAUGGCGCAUCCUCUGCUGCGGAGAAAGAACAGUUGCACCAGAAGAAAAAUACGCAGUCGAGCAUAGCAGACACGGAAGGAACCGUCGGUACUCCCGGACUCAAGAAACGUCUGGCUGAAAGAACCGUCGUCGUGGUCUCGCCUUCGUCCAGGAUGAAGACGGAUGCGGAGAAGGACGAGGAGACCGCACAGGAAAAACACGAUGAGGAUCCUGCUCCGCGCCGUGCUGAUGCUGCACCCGCUACGGGAAGUGAUGGGAGGGAGACCGUGGGUCGUGCUCUCGUCCCUGCUCAUCCCAUAAAAACAGGCUCGCUGCUGGAGACCCGCGCGAACAUUUUUCCCCCCACCCUCCUUUCUUCAACUUCUGGAUUGUUGGAUGGUGCGAUCCAAGCAGCUAAGGACACUGCAACGCAGACAGUUAUUCAAAAAUUCCAAGAUCACAUCGAGCUAUAUUUCAGUGACAAAGGAACUGAUAUGACUUCGGCCGUGAAGACCGUCAUGGCUCGCGUCAUGAAAAUGCUACGAUGCGAAUAAUCCUCAGGCGCUCAAUAGAACAAGACGGCGCCAGCGCGCGACCUGUUGCGCUCAACCCCUGGAAGGAGUGGGCCUUCAAAAUGUGCAGGCACUAUCGAUAGACGCUGAGGCGCCCUGCGUGAUUAAUGAAUUUGCUUGUAGUUCUACCGCUCUUUCUUCAAACGGGCAAUAAGUAACGUUUCUGUGCGAUAUUUUCCCUGGUGCUGACGCAGAAGAAUUGAUUGCAAAGCUGAUCGCCCGAUUGAGUGCCGUGAUUUUUCAGAACGAUGCCGUGGAUUGCUGGAUCUCGUCCAGGGAAACUCGGUAGUCCUCAUGGUCGAUACCAUGGUGGAGGAGCUUGGCGCCGUAUUUGGAAUUCUGCUGAAAGGAUUUUUCGCAGCCCUGUUUCCGCCAUUUGGCACCUUCGCGGGCUUGCUUUUUUCAGGGCCGUUUUUGCUGUUGCUCGAUCGGGGUAUGAAGCAGUACGCAAGAUCGACAGAAAGUAGAAUCUACGAACUACUGCGCGACAAUCUCAGUAUCGUUAUCAAUGAGUGGGCGACCCCGCAGGGACCGAUCUUCGAAGCCCUGGUUUACUAUUUGUCGAAUGAAAGCGACAUUUUCCAGAAAGUGGCCGACAAGCUCAAUUCCGUGUUACUAGCAGGAAGUACGGAUGCCGAAAAAAGUGGCGCAAAUGCCUUUAUCAGCCGAAUCAAAGAAAAGCUUUCCUCUUUUGCGACAAACGAGAAGGUGACGGCCUUAAUACGUGCGCUAAGUUCAAUGAAAGAGGGCGACGCAUCAUUCGAAGCAGUUGCCGAACAGAUCGCGAACGAAGACAAAGAAUUUGAAGCCGCUGGUAUCCCGAUCGAAGGCUCAGCGGAAAAUGAGGAAAACGCCGAGCCAGAUCAAGUUGAGGACGAAAAGAAAAUCAUAUACGAGAAAGGCGACAAAAGUCCAAUUGGAAGAUUGAUGGAUACAGCUCAAACAAAAAUCAAAGGUGCGUUCAUACGAGUGGGCGCUCUGGUCUUGCCGAAGUAUUACGAGUCUCCGGGGAAGUACUUGUUCCCGAACAUACUUUCUCUGCUCUGCGAUGUUGUAGGAAUGGUAGUGUCCACGGUCGUUGGUGUCAUCGCAGGACCCCUUGGCUUCUUGGUGAAGCCGAUUGUGAACAAAGUCAUCUCCGACAGGAUUGUAGCUGUCUUUGAAAACCAACCGAGCAACGGGAGAUGCGUGGAAAAAAACAAGUCGACGUUUGUACCGCCGCCGCGCAGUAGCUAUUUCCCGAAGCGAAAACCAAUCAGUCAAGAAGGUGAGCCGAGUGAUACCGCAACCACCCAAGACGAUGCGCUUUUUUGCUGCCUGAAGCCACUUGAGGACGGACAGAUGAACGAGAAAAUGGAAGGUCUCAUCAUGCGCCUCGUUCCACAGUGUUCAGGCCCACCGAAGACGGGGACGCUCGGCGAACUGCAGUGCGAAGAGGGAGAAAUUCCAGGCCUAGUAACGUCGAACAAACUACGACAGCACAUUCCUAGCCACGACUGCCAAUGCUCACUAUGAGCAGAGCGCGCGACUUUGUAUCUAUGAACAUGAUUUAGCAUGGGCGCGAAUGAACACGCACAUACCUCGCCAAAGCAUUGUGCGACCUGCCGCAACUCCAGACUCUGCAGCGCGUGCAUAUUGGAUGGAUGUACGUAAAAGACUGAGCAUUAUUUUCCUUGCAGUAUAGUAAAUGACCACACUUUGCAUACGUACAAAUAAUACAUAGAGAGAAAAAAGAAUGUUUCUUCUCAAUGUACAUCGUUGGUGUAGUUGUAUCAUGAAAACAAACUCACACGCGCAGCAAGUGGAUGGCCGAAUUUCUCCCCUCGAAGAUGCCGAGCGAAUGGCGCACAAUCAAGCGACAAGAACGCGAAGUGCAUUGCAACUGACGACGACUACGCUGAUGUGCUGUGUAAGAACUAUUGCAAGGAGUGGCACGAACAAGUGCCAAACUCUGAAAAACGAACAGACCCUCCCGCGAAAGCCGAAUCUGAUGACGGAACCAGCUUAGCGCAUGAGUUUUGUUUUUGCAGCCCUGAGAAGGCGGAUCGGUAUUAUGUAAAGGCAACACUUGCGGCGAGGACCAGUGCCUGUGCGGAACGCCGCGCAGCCAAAGAAGAAAACGAGAACAAGUGCUUCACCUCCAAGUACAUGUUCUGCAUGCCCGCAAACCGACCCUGCAUGAAUUUUCCGCUCAUGCUAAAUCAACGCAUGUCUCACGCCACGAUGACUCAAAUUCCAAGGCUCGUCAGUGGAUUUACCGGCCACGCCAUGGCCCGGACGCUGCGGUCGUUGAAGAACGGCUUGUCCUUCUUGUUGAGUUGGGGUGCAAAAAAAUUUCAAGGUGGAGUUGAGGCAGUAAAAAGGUUAUUUAAAGGCCCUGAAAAGGGCCAAGAGCAAGCUGCGAAACCAACGAAAGGCAGCAGAUUUCUCUCGCUCGAAAGCCUCACAACAAAGAUGCGCCAGAUCCUCGCUACGGUGACCGGUGAUAAGACUGUUGCUGCGGUUAAAACUAAAGUUUUAGCGGUAAUAGGAGGUCUUGUGUCUUCGAUUCCUGUUGUCGGGCCCUUCAUCCGCAGAAAAGUCGAGCAGGAACUUGAUUCAAAGAUUGAGGGCGCUCUGGAGUCCAUCCAUUUCGGCCGGCGCGCGAACGACUUCGUCCUCGCAAAAAUUGUACCCCGCAUGGUGAGCCUUGUGCUGAAUGAAAAGGUUUUGAAAAUCCUGAAAAGCAUUAUGGGGAAUGGAAUCCGGGCAGGCAUCAAACUUGCCGGAUCUGGAUUCAAAAGACUCGGCGAGUACAUGCGUUUUUGGGAUCUUGCCGAGUCAGCACCCCCAGAUCAAGACACCGUCUCGGAUGAAAAAGUUGAAAGCAAUAUCGAAAAAUUAGAGCGCGGCACACUCAAACUGUUGGCCAUGUGAUCAGAACCCUCGCGCAGCUGUGUCUGAAGCUUCUCAAGAUGAUCUGAAAGGCCUGCUCCCAAUGAAAUGACAAGACCGGAAUGACCUGAACUAGCUAGAUCCUAAAGGAAUCGCUUCACCAUUUGACCCGAAUCCCCCAAAUACUACGAAGGCAAAGCCAUCACGAUCGGAAUGAAAUGAAGGGACUCCGCUCGUGUUAGACGUUCAGAAUGACCACCCUGAGGGGGUUGACUCCCGUCAGGGUUGAGCACCUUACCGACAGCACUGAGGGAGGUACUCCCAUGCUGUUUAGCCACUUGACUCUGACCAGGAUCAGGGUCAUUCCAUGUGAUGAAUUUGAAUGACAUUGAACACACAGGAAGCAACGCAGCCAGAGGCUUUCGCCCUGUCUGCUGAGAGAUUGAAGUGCUGGAAUUGAUUGAAAGACCUGUUUAGGUAGAAGCUUUAGUCACUCAGUGUGGCAGGUGUGUUCAAAGUCCAGCACUGCUUUGCGACUUAGACGCCAGUCUGUGCUACUUACACUAGUGACAGUAGAUUCAUUGAAGAAACAAGAUGACUGCGGUAUCCGCAGAGAUCGACGCGAAGCUGCCGGAUGCGACUGGUUGGAUUGAGUGGGAUCGUUCUGUCCGUGAGGAGGUCACGCGCCUCGGACUAGACAUCCACUUCAGCAACGUCGUCGCCAAUCUCGGUCAGCCCGGCCUCCCCGGAGGGCCCGGGCAGCAGGCUCAGACGGUUGCCCAGAAAUGGCGCAACCUGAAGGCCGCUAUGUUGAAGUCCUUGACUGGUUCAGGGUUCUUGUAAGACCUGGCUACACGCUCGCCCGAAUUACAACGAUCUACGAUCUGAACGCUGGAGAGUUGUAUUUGGAGCUGCGUGAUGAAGGUCAUUGCAACCAGCAGAACAGGACCCAGCAGACAAUCCGUGUCGCUGGUCUGGAAUCGAUGAAAUUCGAUGACCGCGACCAACCUCAGGACCCGCCUACCUUCCUCGCCAAGGUCAAGCGCAUCACGGACCAGUCCCCUGCGGUGUUUCCGCCUGAUGCUGCGCGUCCUCUCCCCGACCAACAGGCCCCGAACGUCUUAGACUACCUGCCCAAGAUGUUUUCCAAGGGAUUGAGGGACACGAUCGCGCGCAUGGUGGAGGACGGCGCCCAGCUGACCAUGCAGGAAAUGGGUAACAAGCUGGCGGCCCGUCUGCAGGCCAUGAUCAAGGACGGCGAGCACAAGGUGGAGAACUCCAGCUUCGGCAAGGCGUUCCCGGCGGUCGAGUACGACGAGGACAAGACUGCCGCUUCCAAGAAACGCCCCCAGGCUAGUGGUAACGAUGAGGGCGGUAGAGCUUUCAUGUCUACGACUGCUCUCAAGCGGUUCAGGGCUAAACUGAAAAAGAAAGUUACCGCCGAAGUCCACGCACGCCAGGGCGGUAAUCCUUCUACCCGCAAGAAGGGGAAGGGCAAGAAGGAGAAGAAUCUCAAGGAUUACAAAAAGAAUAUCCAGUGCUGCAAGUGCUAUGACUGGGGUCACUACGCGUGGGAGUGUCCUACCGGCGCUGCGUCUGCGGGUGGGAAGCCCAAAGGCAAAGGCAAAGGAAGGGGCAACGCGUGCACCGGUUUUGGUGAACCUACGGCCUACCGAGACUGGGGUGGCUGCUGGAUGUGGCACGACGCUAGCGCUGGAGCGGGUUCCGGCAAGCCCGGACCAAGCUGAGAAGACGACGUCCAAGAUCCGGAACGAGGGAGAUGCUGUCUGAAUUUUGAGGAGGAUGAGAGUUAUUGCAGGAGUUUCGUAGAUUCGGUAAACUCUGCUGCUGCCAUGUUGUCUGUCGUUGACUAUUGUGCAGCCAGUUACCUAGGUGCAAAGCAGGUAAACUUAGUGGACAGCUGUGCAAACAGUUACUUAUCAAAGCACGCUGAUGAUUUUAAGAACAUCACGGGCCGACGCUGUGCCAUCAACGGAACAGCCGGCGCGCGCGAUGGUUUUAUAGGAGAACUAAAAGAAAAUCAAUUAAACCCGCGACAUGGUGUUUAUUUCAAAGAUCUACCAAAGGAUAUUGAUGGGAUUUUGCCUUGGCUCGGUGAAGGUAAUAUGUCACAAAUAGGAUGGGAGCUAACCUCUCACAGCACCGGCGGAACCAUUGCUCACACUGGUACCGGCCGCGUGUUGGACAUAAAGAAUCGUCCCAGAAUGUGCCUUCCCGUCCUCGGUUGCAACUUGUUCGACCUGCAGGAGGCAGAUAGCACGGACCUCGUCUGUACUACUGUCGCCCAGGCCUCUGCUGGUGAUUGUUACUUGACUAAACUAGAAUUACACAGACGCUUCGGCGUUUCCACGUGGACGGGCUCAGCGUCAGUUGUCCCGAAUGUGAUAGAACUAAGGGACAGAGAAAUCCACGCGCGAAAGUACGAAAUGUCGAGAAUUAUACACCUCAACCGUUAAAGUUAUUAGCGUUUGACUUCGGUGUCGGUGUGAAACCUACCUCAAUCAUGAGGCCCACCUGUGUACUUGUUGGCAUCUGUGACGACAUCAAGAAGUGUUUUGUCAGGCCUCUUUUGUACAAGAGCGACUGCGUUGAGGAGAUUGAAGCGAUUAUCAAAGGCAUUCGCGCAGACUGGUCAUUGUCCUUGGGUGACAAGGUCGCUUGGUUCCUGAGACGGGACAGUGAGCCAGUUCUGGGCAGUGAGCACAUGGCCAAGGUCAUGCAAUCGCUGCAGAUCUGUGGCGCUCCGAUUGUUCCUCACAAUCCUGAGCAAAACGGAACUUGCGAACGGUUCAUGCGGGCGCUGUUCGGUUCGUGCCGUACACUGCUAGUCCACGUUGAUCGCCGACUGUGGCCCUAUGCCAUAGUCUACAGUGGUGAUUGCUGGGACCGGCUGCCGCACAAAUACGCAAAGAUGCCAGAGUUUGACGGAAUGACUCCGAUGGAGAUUCUCGAGAAGAGAACAGGGAGGAACAGUGCGAAGCAGGGCGCUGGCCUGCUCAGGCGUUUUGGUUGUCUUGUUUACUUCCGUGAACAAAUCAAGACGGAUAGAGAAGGGCAAGGAGGUCCCAAGCUCAGUCCGCCCUUUCGUCGAGGAGUGUUUCUCGGGCUUUGUCCUAAGUCAUCGGGCUGGCUCGUGGGCACCUUCGUUGCAGACGAUCGGACAAGAGACGGACAUCGGUGGGCCGAGUAUUCUCCUCGCGAUGCCGAGUUUCGGGAGGAUAUACUCGUCAAGAACAUCGACUGGCUCCUACCCAGUUCGACGGGAGUCUUCAUACCAAUGGACUACCUGGAAGAUCUCCAAAGCGGCGCAUCGCAACCGGUUCCGCCCGCGCUUGGACGGCUAGACUCGCAAUCUAGUUCGGCUCAUCGCCUGGAGGUUCAUGGGGCGGGGCACGCUGAGGAAUCGACCGCCGGCUUAGAACUUCAAGUAGAGACACUGGACAGAGAGGAAGAAGGUCCAGCAGAGUCCCCGGAAGCUCCUAUACUGCCGCAAGCUGAGGCGGGGAACCUCGCAGCGAGCAACAGUGGAGGAGGGGAACAAGCUCGAGAAGCGUCUUCUAGUCCUGCUAGGGGUCGUCACGCACCGGCAAGGAUUGUGGCUGGCAACCGCAACUCCAAGCCGCGCCGCGGACGCCCGAAAGGGGUCAAGGAUAAGAAGAAACGCACUCGGCGCACAACAGCACAGCUCGAGCAGCUGAAGAAAAACGCAGGGGCGUUUGCCGCAGCGAAUUGGAACGCUAUAGGCAAGCUUGAUGAUGGUGAGGAGAUCGCCGAGGCCAUAGCGAUGUUGACGAACGCAGACUCCUGGGAAGCUUAUCUUUCGUUCCGCUGGGAAGGCUCUCAAAUUGCCUGACGCUGAGCUUGCAGCUAAGUGGCAGAAGGUAACUGACAAGGAGGAAGCGCGUCUGCUAGCAUAUGAGACGUGGAAGCCAGCCUCUGAAGAGGAGCUAGCUACCGCGAGGCAAGUGCUUCCAAUCGCUAUCAUACUGACCGUCAAACGCGACGGGACGCAUAAAGCUCGAGCCUGUGUCCUUGGCAAUCUUGAUCGGUCGGGUGAUGUCGACAUGUUCGCGCCAGUGGUAUCGCAUGCAGCUAAUCGCUUGCUACUGGUGUCUGCAGCCGCAGACGGCGACCAUGUCAUCCCGCAUGAUCUCGAUAGCGCGUUCCUUAGUGCCUUGUUAGAUCGCGACGCACGUCUACUGCCGCUUGCCACCCAUCUGGGCAGCAAAGCACAGGAGUGCAGUCGUGAAACUACACAAAGCGCGAUAUGGGCUAAAGGACGCACCACGGGCCUGGUUCAAGAAGUAUGAGAGCAUCUUGACCGAGUUAGGUUGGGAGCCUUGUCCUUCUGCGCCUGGUUUGUGGAGAAAGCCAAGCAUAUCGCACCCAGGAAGAUAUCUCAAGCUUGCUGUCUAUGUCGGCGACAACUUGAUCGCAGGGCCCGACCUUGCUGAACUUCGUGCCGAACUGCAAAAGACUCUGUCGCGCGUCCCCGGGCGUGAGAUAGCUGCCGAGCUCUUUACCGAUUCCAAUGGUAUCGGGUGGCAAGAGUUCGACUUCCUUGGGGCGAUUGUGUACUACUCCAGGGAGCACAAGUCAGCGCGUGUGACCAUGGGGGAGUAUAUAGAGAAAAUUGCCAAGAAGUUCGCCGUGACACUAGGCAAGCCGGUACGUUCUCCGAACUUUGACGAGUCAGCUCGGACGGAAGAAGUUCUUGAAGAGCUGAAGGACUAUCCUCUCAGAUCCGUAGUUGGUGCGUUGCAAUGGAUCGCGACCACUGCGCGUCCUGACAUUUGUGUGCCGGUUUCUACUCUCGCUCGCUAUGUGGGCAAACCAGCCACGAAAAGGAUCGCCCACGCCUGCAGAAAAGUGAUAAAGUUCCUCCUGACAACGAAGGAAGUGGGACUAUCGUACAGUCCAGAGGAAGAAGCGAAGUUCAAUGAGAUUUAUCAGAAGCUGGCGCCGGAGGGCAGGAACGUGCCGCGUCUGAGCCUGUUCUCUGAUGCUGGUUUCGCGAAUUGUUUGAAGACGAUGCGUUCUACCACCGGCUCGAUUAUGUACUACCGCGGCUUCCCGAUCUGCUGGCGCAGUAAUCGGCAGACCGUGCGUGCGUAUUCGACGGCGGAGAGCGAGUAUAUCGCCGCCUCUGACACUAUUGUGCUCAGUGAGCAAAACGAUUUCGCUGACUUCUUUGCUCCUCUACCUACCAAGAUGGUAGAAACGCAGUACGGCUUAUCCCCAUCCCUGGACGAUGCCAUCUUGUGGGUGGGCAACCAAUCCGCAAUCGCUACGGCCAAAAGCACAGACACAAAACCGAAGUCACGGCAUUACGCUCUACGCUGUCUGCGUGUGCGAGAUGCUGCCAGUCGUAUAGUCUUUUGCCCGACGCAUCUGAUGAAGGCAGAUGGGCUUACGAAGCUGGAAUGCUCAGCCCCACAGCGCAGGCUGCUUUUGCAUCACGUAGACAAUCCAGUCAUCGCCUGUGACUCUUCACAUCCUGACGCCCAGUCGGAUGAUGCGGAUGAUUCUGAUGCCCUUUAUACUAGUUUCUACGAUGAUAGUGGAGUAGCUUUAGUGUUGUACGCUGUAGACUUUGGAUUUUAGCCCGAGGAGGGGCGUGCGUGCAUAUUUUAUAUCAGCUUUUAUAUCAUGGAAGAAGGCGUAGUAAGGCUCUUGGAGGCUCACAGACUGCAUCGAUUGAGGAGGGGCGUUGGUCAUGUGAUCAGAACCCUCGCGCAGCUGUGUCUGAAGCUUCUCAAGAUGAUCUGAAAUGCCUGUUCCCAAUGAAAUGACAAGACCGGAAUGACCUGAACUAGCUAGAUCCUAAAGGAAUCUCUUCACCAUUUGACCCGAAUCCCCCAAAUACUACGAAGGCAAAGCCAUCGCGAUCGGAAUGAAAUGAAGGGACUCCGCUCGUGUUAGACGUUCAGAAUGACCACCCUGAGGGGGUUGACUCCCGUCAGGGUUGAGCACCUUCCCGACAGCAUUGAGGGAGGUACUCCCAUGCUUUUUAGCCACUUGACUCUGACCAGGAUCAGGGUCAUUCCAUGUGAUGGAUUUGAAUGACAUUGAACCCACAGGAUGCAACGCAGCCAGAGGCUUUCGCCCUGUCUGCUGAGAGAUUGAAGUGCUGGAAUUGAUUGAAAGACCUGUUUAGGUAGAAGCUUUAGUCACUCAGUGUGGCAGGUGUAUUCAAAGUCCAACACAAACAAACAUCGGACGGCGAUCCGGCAGAAAAAAUAAAAAACAUCAGCGACGAGGUCAUGAAUGAAGACGAAGGCCUGUUCGAAGCCGAACACGACUCGACUGCAAGUGAUGACAAGAACACUGGUGCUGAAGACGAUGACAAACAGAACGGCAUGAUGCUGCGCAGUCUUUUGGACUCAGUGCGAUCCGCGUUGAAGACAUGCAGCGACCCGGCUUCCGAACACAACGGUAGUGGACGCGUUAACGACGAAGCAGAACCUAAAAAAGAGAUACCCGGAUUAAGCAUACCACUUACUCCCAGCUAUGCAAUGCGAACAAUCUGCAGCAUUCUCUUGAAAAAGUUUUCUACCGACGAGGACGCCAAACAAGCUGCGGCGUUCUUGCAGAAUCCGCUGGAACAUUUUUCUCCUCCAACUCUUCCACAGAUAGACCUUGAAUAUCCUGCCUCAGGCGGACUGUCCUCCAUUCAGCCUCACCAAGGUGACAGCGGCGCAGGCCCCACCUCCCCAGAACACGCACUCCCUAAUGGCGUAGACGAGACGGAAAACUAUCCCUUCCCUGCUACAAAGCUCGCCGACGGGGAGAACAUGACCCCAUCGCAGUCGCAGGCAAGGGAAAGGGAUGACUUUACUCUGUCAGCUCUGCAGCUAGAGAUGAACCCGGCCGCAACUAUAGGCAAUUUUGUUGGGGAGAAAAUGUCUGGUGUUCUCGUGCCUGCAAUCGCCAACGCCGUGGCGGGCGGCAUCGCAAACGCAAUUGCGCGCGAAGUGGUCACGAUGUUGCAGGAAGUGCUUGUCCCUCUGCUCGAAGAGAGCCUGUCUACGGUCCUCGGUCUUGUGGCGGCUGAAGCAAUUGGCACAACGCCGAUCUCUCUCGGAACCCCGAUCGCCAUGUUUGCUGGCCUCGGCGUGAAGGUGUAUGUGUCGCACGUGUUGGAGAAGAAACCCAUUUGGCUACGCAAGCUCCAGUGGUCUGUGGCACCAGUGAUGCAAAAGUUUGUGGAGUGCUCCGUCGCGAUCAGCGUUAAGCAAGCGCUAGGUGACGGCAAUAAGGCAAACGAAGAUGAAGCAACCGAUGAAGCGUGCAAACCGGACAAACGAAACGACGAAAGCGCGGAAGACAAUGCCGUGCUCUUCGGAGAGCUAUCUGCUGCGAUUUCUUCAUUGGGUCUGACGUCAAGCGAUGAAGGCACGGCAGAGGUUGAGGAAGGGUUUGCGACCGUCCUCAAGGAAUAUCUCUCUUGGAGGAAACCAUUUCCAGGACUGCUCCAGUUUACAAGAGUCGGAGAAGAAAUGACCGCCAAACAGGACGCCGCCGAGGCAUCCGACGGCGAAGAAAAGUUUCGUCUUCUUGCAGUCGAGAAUGGUAAGGACAAACUGCAAGUGCUCGGGUUGCACGUUUUAUGACCAAAGACUUCUUCGCUUUCCGAUUCCGUGUGAAGAGAAGGUAUGGGACACAGCAAAAGCCGCUUUUUCGGCACUUAUGUGUAACUAUGGAUCUCUGUCUGUAUCUAUGCAUAGGCACACUUAGAGUUGCCUACGGUGACGCUAACGAUGUCAGUGCCUUAUGGUCGUGCAAGGCUGGCACUGCACUUGUGACCGCACAGCUUUGCACCUUUAGAACCAACGUGGCCUCACUCGCACAUCACGCAGGGUCAUGAUCGUCAUAGUCGGUGACGUACUUAGGAAAGUGAACGAUUUGAACUCUGGCGACGUCGGCCGUAGUUCGGUAAGCCUCAUGCUCGUUUCGCAUGAAGCACAAUAAGCGCGGCACUGACGCCUGUAAAUGCAUACAGCUGCAGCCAUCAAAAGUGACUAUCAUAAUUGACUAUGAUGACAUACCUAGGAGGACGACAAGAGCGUAGCCUUGUGUCAUCUUUCUCAUGCGAAUGCUAAAAGCGCACAAGUGUAGAAGUGCGUCAAAUAGUAUUUCGCUUGGCAAGCGUAAAAGCGAAGCGCUCCAUUGCCAUAACGGAAGGGCAGCCAACUUCUAGAAAACGAUGAGUUAUUCAAACGAUUCGGGAA